AUAGACCUGCGUUUACACGUGUUUACCAAUAUGGCGUACUCUCCGUUGUCGCAUUUGAAUUCGGUCGUUACUUUUCUCUUGCGGGCGUGAUAAUCCACCGAAUACAACAUACCAAUUUUCCCGGUCGCCGACCCCAUUGUCAUUGCACAAUAGCUAAAGUUCGUAAUUAGUGGUGUUAAUGAUUGAUCAAAGAGUUAACAUGGAUAAUUUCGUUAAAAUUGAAAAAAUAGGCGAAGGAACUUAUGGGGUCGUGUACAAAGGCAAGAAUAAAAAGACAGGGCAAAUAGUAGCAAUGAAAAAGAUUCGCUUGGAGAGUGAUGAUGAAGGUGUUCCCUCUACUGCGAUCAGAGAAAUUUCAUUACUGAAAGAAUUGCAACAUCCCAACAUCGUUAGUCUUGAGGAUGUGUUGAUGGAAGAAUCAAGACUCUACUUAAUAUUCGAGUUUUUAUCAAUGGAUUUAAAAAAAUACAUGGAUACUUUAGGCAAUGGAAAGCUGAUGGAUCCUAAAAUUGUAAAAUCCUACGUAUAUCAAAUAACUCAAGCUAUCCUGUUUUGCCAUCAAAGACGAGUGUUGCAUCGUGACUUGAAGCCACAAAAUCUUUUAAUUGACAAAAAUGGUGUUAUCAAAGUAGCAGACUUUGGAUUAGGAAGAGCUUUUGGUAUCCCUGUAAGAGUAUACACCCAUGAAGUUGUGACUCUGUGGUAUAGGGCUCCUGAGGUUCUUCUGGGAUCUACACGUUAUUCUUGCCCAAUUGAUUUAUGGAGUAUCGGUUGUAUAUUUGCUGAAAUGGCCACAAAAAAACCUCUGUUCCAAGGCGACAGUGAGAUUGAUCAGCUCUUCAGGAUAUUCCGCGUACUACGAACACCAACCGAAGAUAUAUGGCCAGGUGUGACACAGCUCCCUGAUUACAAGGCUACAUUCCCAAACUGGACAUCAAACAAUCUUGCAUCUCAAGUGAAGGUUAUAGACAAACAAGGUCUCGAUCUCUUGCAAGCAAUGCUGGUGUACGACCCCAUACACAGAAUAUCAGCACGAGCCGUCUUGCAACAUCCGUACUUCGAUGACUUGGACAAAUCUAAAUUACCGGCAAAGUGAAACGACAGAGGGACCAAAACCACAUACUUUAUUCAAAGUUGUCAUAUGCUGGUGCUCAAGCAUAGUAUGUGUAAUAAGAUGGUUCCUAAAUAUAACAAGUACUUUUAAGUUUUAGCCUUGCUGCAUGAUGCUGCAUCCUACUGUAGUAUUGCUUGGCGAUAGAUUCGGUCGAUGCAAGAUUCUCUGAUUACUUCCAACAUUUCAAUUCAAUUUUUAUUAUUAAGUGGGUAAAGAAAUUGUAACCCUCAAGAUUAUAUUCAACCUUUCAUCACCCCUGUAGGAAUCAUCUUUCGAGUGCUUCAAUACUGUACAUCGUUAGAUGUUUGAUAACCAGUGCCAGAUCUGUAUUUUUAUUGGUAUUGUAUUUCACCCCUUUAGAUAAGUUAGUGUAAUUUUAAACAUACUCCAUAUUAUGCGAUUAAUGAACGGAAGCGAACGGUGAUGAUAAUUAUAAGCAAAAGAAUGAAAACCAGCGGAAGAAUAUAAAACCACUUCGGGGUAACGAGAUUCCACUUUUCAAUUCAAUGACAUUCACAAAUGCUUUUGGUAUAUAAUUUUUUUAUUGACUGAAACUUGGAACCUCGAACAUGUAAAUAACACGGGGGGAAGAAAACAACGUGAAAGACAAGACAUACCCGACAGUGAAUAACAAAUGUAACUAAAAUUAGAAUUUCUUCGAAAUAAGUUGAUAUUUUUGUACUUUGCCUACAUCUAAAUAUACUUAUAAGAGGUAUCAAA